CUUUCGUUUCUGCACUGGUCAACGUAUUGAACGAAUGAGCUAAAGGCGUGUUGGAGCAACGCAAAAAUAGUACGAGCUCGACAGAGGGGUGAGAGUGUAAAAAAAAAAAAGGAAUAAGACCCUUCCAGAAGGUUACGACAGAAUACAGAACGUUGGAAGAGGAUAAAGAGAUGCGAACAAAUGUCGAGGGAGGGAACCAGCUGGAGGGAGAGUACAGAACCCUUGUAUAAGCAGGAAAGUCGUCGUUGAAUGCGAGGGAAGGAGACAGAUAGAUCGUAACAGUGUAUUAGUAACUCGACCGAGCGUAUGAACUAAAGAGAGGGAGUUGUGUAGGAAAGAGAGAGACGGUAGAGAGAGUUCAGUAGUUUCUAGUGUUUCUACAGUGGCGUUCACGUUCAGUUCUCCGCUAACUUGCUCCGAAGUAGAAGGUUCCUCUUCGGUUUUCCGACGCUCCGAAUAACUUUUCUCUUCCCACGCGACUCAUUAAGUCCCAUUCCUAGCUGACGAUUUCAAGCAAUUUUUAUCGAUUGAAAUUCUUACUCCGGUUCUAAGGAGAAAUACUUUAUUCGCCGGUUCGCUAGGACUAACGGGAUUCGCGUUCGAGUUGGUAAUCCGCGAGGAUUCGCGUUAUAUGUAUUCGGGAAGACAGUUCCUGCCGUGGUGAACAAAACUGGCUCUUUCGGCUUUCGCGUGGUGAGAAUGUUUCUAGUUGCUCCGGUCGACAACAAUCGCUGGGCCUACACGAUGCAUGGAUUGGAGAAGCCUAUGGAUCACGUGUCCGCCGGCGGCCUAAUGGCGGGUUCCGUGGCUACUUUGGCGAUUCUUUGGGUUUCCCUGCAAGCCAUGGGUUUCCUCGGGAAUUCUCAUUCGAUUGGCGCCUACAAGUUGCCGAUGUCUCUGCAGAACUACCUGGCUAGUUAUACAGGUAUCCUUUCAGGUUUGCCGAUAUCGAGCUACUCUUACGAUGGCGGCGUCGUAGACACGGGUUAUUUCCACAAUCGGCAUUACCCACAUAUUGACGAGGCCGUCUUGAACAACUCGAUCACUUUCGCGCAGCGAUUGAUAGAACAUAUGAGCACCCUCGAAAGGAAUCUUGCAUUCGCUGGCAUCGAAUUGAAGCCACACUCGCCAGCUGAGAAACAAUUCCUUGAUUCAUCUCCUUCCGAGGAUGCUUUCGAUAGAAGCCUCGACGCCAUCGUGGCGACGAAGGCUUCGUCUUAUCUCCUUCAACAAAGCUGCCGCAGAUUCGGUAUGGAUAAGAACGAAUGCGCCCGUUACAUAUCUACCCUUUCGUUGCACGGUACCCCAUUGAGCUCCGCUUGCUCGACUUCUGGUCCGAGCAUGAUCUGUAACCCGAAGGCCAAGUACCGUACCAUGGACGGCACUUGCAACAACCUUGAAAAUCCGAGCUGGGGUAGUGCGAUGACCGCGUACAACCGAUUACUCUUCCCCCAAUAUUUCGACGGGAUCCAAGAACCGAGGCACAUCGGGCAAACGAAAAAACCGCUGCCAGGUGCCAGGUCCGUGAGUGUGGCUCUGUCAACUCCUAACAAUCAAGUGGAUACCAGUCGAACGUUGGCGGUGAUGCAGUGGGCACAAUUCAUUGCGCACGACAUUUCUUACACUCCAGUGCGAAAAACGAUAUCUACCGGGAAACCGAUCUCUUGCUGCCAAUCCGACGGAAGCAGCUUGUCUCCUCGUCACGUGCACCCCCAUUGCUCUGCGAUUACGAUACCUGAUAAUGAUCCUAUCUUCAGCAAACAUUAUGUACGAUGCAUGAAUUACGUGCGAUCAUUACCAACUAUUAGAUCCGAAUGUACUUUUGGACCCGUGGAACAGAUGAAUCAGGUGAGCCACUUUUUGGAUGGCUCGACGAUCUACGGUUCCACUUUAAACAAGGCUCGUGAACUCCGUGAGUUCGAAGGCGGCCGUUUACAAGUACACAGGGUAAAUAAUUACGAGUUUCUGCCUAUCGGCGGUGUCGAAUUAUCGUCCAGAUGCACGGAAGGCUGCUAUAAUUCUGGUGAUUUCCGAGUGAACGCUCACCCGCAGGUGGCUGUGAUGCAUACUGUCUGGCUUCGAGAGCACAACAGGAUCGCGAACAAGCUUGCUGAAUUGAAUCCCGACUGGUCGGACGAGAUAUUGUAUCAAGAAGCCAGGCGAAUAGUAACUGCUGAAAUCCAGCAUAUUACGUAUAAAGAAUGGCUGCCCAUAUUAUUGGGUAAGAGAUAUACUAGAGUCGUCGGGCUCAACGUGGGUUCUAGUUACAGUCGUAACUAUAACUCCGAAGAUGAUCCAGCGGUGAGCAACGAGGUCGCAACUGCGGCACUUCGCUUUUUGAUCUCGUUGAUGCAAGCAAAAAUUAGCUUGACGGACAACAAUCGCAUUGUGAACAGAACACUCUCGUUAGCGGCGUACUUCUUUAAACCGAAAAUAAUCGCGUCUAACGACAUAUUCGAUGGCCUAUUACGUGGCAUGGCUACUCAAACCAGUCAAAAAAUGGACAGCAGCAUCAUCGAAGAUAUUACGAGCAAAUUGUACGCAACUGAUGCAGACAGCCUGGGCUUGGAUUCUGUUAGUUUGGACAUUCAGCGCGGUCGUGAUCACGGUUUACCUGGUUACAAUUAUUAUCGCAAAUACUGCGGUCUCAAUUCUGCGAAGAAUUUCGAUGAUUUCUUAGAUUACAUUCCGAAAGAGACCAUAACUAAAUUGCGUUCGCUUUACGCUCACCCGGAUGACGUUGAUCUACUUGUGGGUGGCAUGGCCGAAAGAGCAACAGAGGAUGGAUUGCUGGGACCAACCUUCCGCUGCCUGAUCUUCGAACAGUUCUUCCGAGCUCGUCGCGCAGACAGAUACUUCUAUGAUUCUGCCUCUCAGCCACAUCCUUUCAAACCUGAGCAAUUGUCGCAAAUACGAAACGCGACGUUAUCGCGAGUGUUCUGUGAUAACGGAAACGAUAUCACGUACAUGCAACCAAACGCAUUCCUCAAACCACAAGCUGGGAAUGAGCUGACGUCGUGUACAGACUUCGAAGCGAUACCCAGCGUGGAUUUAUUCGCCUGGGCGGAAAGAGCGAAGGCCUACCGUUGAGCGUCCCCGUUAAUUGGCUGGUCACAUUGCCGCAUCGUUUAGCCCGAGUUGCAGGAACGGGCAUGAGAGCAGGAGCUUCGGGUCACUGAUAGAAAGGGAACACAGUGAUCUAAUAUCGAACUCGGAAUCUCGUCGCGAUGCCACGCGAUCGAGGUCGAAAAAAGUUGAACAGGAGCUGCAUCAUGCAGCAACACUAUGAACGGGCACGAUGGAGGAGAACAAAACAACUCGAUACGGAUGCACAACUCGGAAAAUAAUCGAACAAAAAACAGACAAUGAGGUGCAUCGAAUACCAACGUGACUAGUCGAUUAACCGAGCGCGCUAAAAAGGGAGCGCUACGGCACGGGGAUGAAAGAUGGCGAAUUAUUGUUCGAAGGGUGAAAAUCACUUCGGAGAUUCGCUUAUGUCCUAUGGAGAGCCUUUUCUUUAAAAGGAGUUUAAUACGCGAGAGCCUGGACGUCGUAGAUACGCUGAUUCUUUUUAAUCCUACGCUUAGAGUAUGUUUAUUUGUUGUGAAAGUAUUCACAAAAUCAUGUUGCUCUCGAUGAACGACAUUAUGUUAUUUACUGAUCUACGUCGUUUCAUUUUUACUUAUUUUCUUCGUAGGAGAGAGGCUUGCUUUCUAUUCACUUUUAUUUUUCUUUUUCUCUUUUCCUGCUCAUUCACUGCGGGAAAUUAUUUUUCGAAAUACAGAGCCGCAUGAUAUUUUGGAUGCUCCGUAUAGUAUGCAGCAAAUGUGUGAGUGAGAGUUUUCGUAUAUACUCAAUUUCAAUUCAUCGUGGUAUGGAAUAUAAUUUUAUUUUGCAUUGCAAAUUGCAUAUCUGCGCACGUGAGCUUCGAACAAGUUCAUAUAAUUCGAUAUUUUCAGUACGGUAUGGAAAACAUUUAUUUUUGUUAAUAAUCUACGAUGGAUUGAAAUAAUAGAUUUAGGUCUCGACUUUAUCAAAUGAGAAACAAAUAUUUUCGAAUGGAAUUUAAAGAAACUACAUUCAAGAAGAAAGACGAGGAGGCGAAAGAUAGUAAACACAAUGGUAAAUGUUCAUUUCGUUAGGAACGAGCAAUAAAAUAUUAAAUGAUAUUUUAAGAGAAUCUGAAUAACUUCUGAACAAUGUAAUGAAAAAGUUAGAUCUUUGAACGCAUGUAACAGAAGAAGUACGUUACGAUCAAGGAUAUAAUUGUUUCAUGCUUUUGACAAGUAGCAAUACAUUUGUCGAAACUUUUUAUAAUUGUAAACGAGUAAAAAUUCAUUAUGAAUUUCAAUAACUAUACGACUUAGAAGGCUGUAGAAUAUUUUUAAGGACACGUGUGAUUAAUGAGACGAGAACUAACUAAUUAAGUUCCGUAAUGAGUACGAAUAUGAAUACAUUCUUGAAAAAUUGAAUAACUGAGUUUCAGUCUUACAUUCAGCAUUCUCUUGAAAUUUAAAAUGCAUAGAUCAAUAAGUGAUACCGCGGUCAAGGGUUGAUGUGGGGAUGACCAUGCGCAAUCCGCGGUCCACAGAUGAAGUAAGAAUGAAGAUGUGCGAUGCGCAAUCGAGGGGUGAGAUAGGGAUGAAGCUGGAUAGCGUUGUCACGUUUAUUUUCGGCCUGUAGCAUAUAUUUCUUACUUUUGUGCUUCCGUUAGAUAUUAUACGUAAAAUGAGCGAAAUUUAUACUCUCGACUCAACGACGGAUAAACGACCCGAGGACAUCCGGUCAACGCACAGACUAGCGGCCAAAAGAAAAUGAUUACAGCACCUGUUUCAUUGGGUUUCAAAUUUAUGCGCAUUUGCUUUCUGUAAUUCGUAUUCAUUCACUAUAAUCAAUUCUUGUUACAUUCAAUCAAUCAAUCAAUCAAUUAACUAUUGAACAUUCGAACAAAACUCUGCUCAACGUUUAAGUUCUGUCUUUUACACGAUCAUUGGAGUACCGUUUAGGAGUACAUGGAGUAUGACUGAUUAGUUUUUAAGGAAGAAUGUAAUAUUGUUGAACAUUUUUUUAUACGUGAUUAGAAUUUACUUGUACUUAUCGCGUUCAACACGACUGAAGCUUUUAUUUUAACUAGGAUUAAUCGUGUCACGCGCAUUUCAUGAAUAAACGAAAUGUUACCAAUA